AUGUUGAUAUUGCGAAAUUACUAUCUAUUCGUAUUUUUGUUCAUAAAUGGCAUCGGUACUACAGAGACCGACGACAAAUUCUCCGGCCUCCCAGACGCAAGGAAAAAGGAGCUCCUAGAGGCCUACAGCAAAUCUGAUGUCUUGAUAGUUCAUCAAAAGUUAGCAGAACUCAGGAAGAAAUGGAUGGAGAAACUCAAAAGUAAAGAAGCUGCUGGCAAUCAACCUUUACGAAGGAGACUGAAUAGCUUAAUGCCGAAUAUGCUUCCCCAAGAAAAUGGCCCAACAGUUCUCCCCAUCCACGAAAUCAACAGAGACGCAAACCUCAGCGAGUUCUUGUACCAAGCGGACAUGGUUCUCACUAUAACUCAAGCGGAGCAACUCGGGAAAGACAAUGACGACGUUCGGGCAAAGCGUCAGGCCUACCGCGACAUAUUCUAUCCAAACACAAUUUGGGGAAGGACAGUUUUCUACUUUUUUGAUCCAUCAGCACCCGCUGAUGUUAAAGCAGCGUUCUCAGCCGCAGCUCAUUUCUGGCAGAGCAACACAUGUAUUAAAUUCGUCGAAGAUAGCACAGCGCUGAAUAGGAUAAGGGUGUUCAAAGGAGAUGGAUGCUACUCUUACGUAGGAAAAGUCGGUGGACAACAAGACUUGUCACUGGGGAAAGGGUGUGAAAGCGUAGGAACAGCUGCACACGAACUCGGUCACGCUCUGGGAUUCUUCCACUCCCAGUCAAGGGUGGACCGGGACUCUGCUAUCAGUAUAAUCGUGGAGAAUAUUCAACCCAGUUUUGUGGAUCAAUUCGACAAAGAGUCGCCAACUACCAACUACAAUUAUGGAAUGCCGUAUGACUUUGGAAGCAUUAUGCAGUAUGGAGCAACGAGAGUUUUCGUGAAAAAGUCUGAUCAUCUCGGCCUGGAGUUCAUCUGA